UGUAUAUUAGGGUAGGGUUUGAAAAACAAAGUCACAGUGUAUCAAAAUCAAGAGCCGGUGCUAACCCUCUCGCCAACCAAACAUCCAAAAUGGGUCGCAUGCACAGCAAAGGAAAGGGUAUCUCCUCGUCUGCUCUCCCCUACGUCCGCUCCCCACCUUCCUGGUGCAAGGCUGACGCCGAGGCUGUCGUGGAGCAAAUCAUCAAGUUCUCCAAGAAGGGUAUGUCUCCUUCCCAAAUUGGUGUUACCCUCCGUGACUCCCAUGGUAUUCCUCAAGUGCGAUUCAUCACUGGUCAAAAGAUCAUGCGUAUCUUGAAGGCCAAUGGUUUGGCUCCCGAGAUUCCUGAGGACCUUUACAACUUGAUUAAGAAGGCCGUCAGUGUCCGUAAGCACUUGGAGCGUAACCGUAAGGACAAGGACUCCAAGUUCCGCUUGAUUCUCAUCGAGUCUCGUAUUCACCGCCUUGCUCGUUACUACAAGAAGGCUGGCGCUCUCCCUCCCACCUGGAAGUACGAGUCUGCCACUGCUUCUGCUUUGGUUGCUUAAACAAAACAAGUCGUGUGUGCACCAUUUUAAAAUUGAUCGGUUCGGUAGGGUGUGUAUGUGUUCUAGGGUUGUGUCUAGUUGG